CCCGCGUCACUGUCCAUUCAGCCAGCCGCUAUCAUAUUCAUCUCCCCCAACGGAGCUUUCCACGUCCCCUUCCCGUGCCCCAUAAAAGCCGUCGCCGGCGACGCUGUCAGCCCCCGCAACGGAGGCCUCGCCAAGAAAGACAGACAGCCAGACGCACGGAGUGACGACAACACCACCACUGUGACGAGAAGACGGAGAGGCAGGCGGCCGCCGGAGAUGAAGAAGUGCGCGUCGGAGCUGGAGUUCGAGGCCUUCAUUCGGCAGCACCUCGCCGCCGCCGAGGCCGAGGCCCAGCGGGGCAGGCCUGGCCACGGAAACGACGACGGCGGGUUCGGCGGCGACCCCGGCGCCAGAGCGGACGUGUUCUCCCCCGGCAGCGGCCUGCCGGGCCUCUGCUUUGGCGACUCGCAGAACGCCCUGGAGCUGGAAGGGAGCAACCCCGGCCACUUGUGGUGGUCCGAAGGCCUCCGGGCGCCGCCGCACCACGCUGCCCCGGCGCCAACCCAGUCGCAAACGCCCGCCGUUUCCGCUAGCCCGAGGGAAACAAUCUCAGGGAACCAGGCUCUCGAAACCGAGUCGGACUCUGACAGCGAGUCAUUGGUCGAGAUUCAGGGUGGCCGAUGCAAGCGGAGCGGCAAAUCAUCAGAUACCAGGCGAAUAAGAAGGAUGGUGUCCAACAGGGAGUCAGCUCGACGGUCCAGGAGGAGGAAGCAUGCGCAGCUGACUGACCUUGAGUUGCAGGUCGAGCAACUUAAAAGUGAAAGUGCAACCCUCUUCAAGCAACUGACAGAGGCAAAUCAGCAGUUCACCACCGCGGUCACUGACAACAGGAUCCUCAAAUCAGAUGUAGAGACCUUAAGAAUCAAGGUAAAAAUGGCAGAAGACAUGGUGGCUAGAGGCGCAGUGUCAUGCGGCCUAGGACAGCAGCUCGGAUUGGCACCAUUUCUGAACUCCAGGAAGAUGUGACAAAGCCUUGGUGAGCGUUCUCACAGGCACAGGGUUGAACUUGAAAGGGAACCAUGCACUCUUCAGAGGUUUCUAGCUCUAGCUCUUCAAGUUCAGACAUCGGCGGUACCAAGCACUGCAAGUCUAGAGUGCUCGAAUAACCGGAUGCCCGCUUGCCCAGCGAGGCGGCCAGAUGUGUGGAUGCCGUGUGGCCCGGAGAUUCACACCAAAGCAGGGCCUUUAUGUAUAGUAACGAACACUGGCUGUUGCAUACCUGACAUAUGUGCAUGCCUCGCAGGCUGCAAAGGUACUAAACUCUGAAGGUAGUGAAACUACUCUGUGUUCUGUAUACUGGUGAGUGGUGAAUAUAUGUAUUGAUGUUCAUAUACAACCAACCGAGUCGUCCUCUGUCCAUUACUUAUGUAACUUCUGCUAAAAAAAAUCUUUGUUCCAUA